AGAAGCUCUGAUAGCUUGGAGUUGGAACUUUUGCAGAACACUUCGUCCUUUAAAGGAUGAUCUUCUUCAGCCGAAGCUCAGCUUUAUAAAAACGUUUCUGUAUUCUGGGGACAAAACAAGAUGUUUGACAGCUGCAUCAUCAUCCCGCACCUGAACUUGAAGCUGCUUCUUCUGCGAAUGACAAAUGGAUUAGUUUGAUUGCGUUCGCCAUGCUGGAGGACCUGCAGUCUAUCGGGAUGGACCCCGCCCCUUUCAGGCCUCAGCCAAUCAGAGGAAACACAAAUGAGGAAGCUGUGCGAUACGAGUUGCAGCGGCGGGCUCGUCAGAGCCUUAGGACAGUUUUGCAGCUGAAGUUACAGCAGAGAAGAACCAGGGGAGAACAGAUGAUGCCACCACUUAAAAGUCCAGCCGCCUUCAACGAGCAGAGACGCAGCUUGGAACGAGCUCGAACUGACGAUGGUCUGAAAAGGAAAAUCCAAAGUGAACCAGAGAAAUCAAAGCUGAUCAAGCUGCACAUCUCAGAUGAGAYGCCAGAAGAACCAUUGCUUCAACAKAAGCAGUUACAGUUGAAGAAAGCUCGCCUUGGUCAUGAUUUAAAUGAGAAGCUCGCUAACAGGCCGGGUCCCAUGGAGCUGAUCCACAAAAACAUUUUACCUGCUCCCUCCAGGAUUAAACAGGUCCUUACUGGAACACAACUUCAGAAGGCCUCAAGAAUGAUCUCGUCAUGCAGUGAAGACAGUGACGACAGUCUGUCUCCAGAGCAGCCAGUAAGCCAGAACUGUCCUCUUGACCUGAGAUCUAUAAGUUACUUGAGUGAAAAAAUGUCUGGAAGCCACACCCCAUCUCCUACCCAGGUCAUUCCAUCAGCCCUUCCUUUUCAGCCAAGUUCCUGCUCUCCAUUAAACUUGAGCAAACCUGUGCAGAGGACAAGCGUUGACUCUCAAAUCAAGCCUAAAUUAAACUCCAGCCGGCUCACCCAGAAACACAAGAAAACCAAAGACAACAAACCAAAGUUAAAGAAGCUAAAGUACCAUCAAUACAUCCAUCCAGACCAGAAGGGAGAUAAAGAGCCUCCGCCCAACAUGGAUUCAUCCGUAUCCAAGAUCCUCCAGCAGCAGCAGCUCUUCCUACAGCUCCAGAUACUUAGUCUGCAGCAACAAAACAACAUCCAAACCAUCCAGCUUGCACCACACAAAGACCAGGAACCAUCCUCUCCUUCCACGCCCACUUCUCCACUGCCUCUACCGGCUGCUGUUUCUUCAGCUGCCCUCUCCAACCGGCACAACUACAUCCAUCUGAGCUCUCCUGCUGUACGGGAAACACUGCCGCUGCAGCCAAAUCUGGAUGGAAUGAAGGUGGCGGAACUAAAGUCAGAACUGAAGAUGCGCAGCUUGCCAGUCUCUGGCACCAGAAAGGACCUGAUAGAGAGGCUGAGGGCUCACCAGGAGCUGAACCCAGGCAGCGACACCACCUCCUCUCCAACAGCAGGGAGCACUACAGAGCCGGAGCCUGAACGAGCAGGAAAAUCCUCUAAAAACACCAACAACUACAGCAACAAGGCAUCACAAGAGCAGCCCUUUCAACGCCAUCACACAUCUCCUCUGAAUGGAAGUUUCAGUGCAACUUCKCAGCAGAUUUUGAGACACGGUGGCAACAUAACACUCCACAUCCCACAAUGCAAAUCACUGGAUGCCAUGAGUCCAAGGAGCUCAAGCUCCUGUCCAUCUGGAGAACAGAUGAAUGUUCCUCUCACUGAGCUGAGCCUGCCUCCAUCUUCAGUGCCUCGGCUUCCUGCGAACAUUAAAGAGGAGCCCUCGUGCUCCACCCCACCACCUUGUCAGUUCCCUUUAAAGUCUGCCUCUCUGCACAAACACCACUUGGUCUCUCCUGCUGCCCCCACCGCUUCAGCUGCAGCUUCUUCUGUUGACAAAGACAGAAUGCUGCAGGAGAAAGAUAAGCAGAUUGCAGAGCUUACCAGGAUGCUGUGGCAGAAGCAGAGGCUGGUGGAGGAGCUCAAGGUACUGGUGGAAAAAAAGAACAGAGAAGCACAAGCUCCAGAGCCACAAAUUCCUCCAAGAGUGAAAGCAGAGCCACCUGAGAACUCAAACGUGGCUCUUUCAGCCAGCUCUUCGCCUCUUUCCCUUCAGAUAUUGUCAGCUGUAAUAGAUAAAGUAACCAUAAAACAGGAAGCCGUUGAUGCAGAUGCGGGCGCAUUUGUGCAAACCUCAGUUGGAUUACAGCGAUCUCUGACCCAAGCGGAGCAGAGUAAGAUUUGUCUGCAACUCAAGCCCGAGAUGAAGAGUUUGCAGAAUAAACGAGAACACGUUCGUCUCCAGCGGUCUGCUCUGCAGCUGGUGCAGCAACAGACCGUACAAAACCUUUUACUACAGCGGCAGCACAAGGUCCACAGUCAGACGCCRGAAUUUCAACAGGGACUUUGUCAGCAGGGACAAAAGAAAACCCAAAAACUCACAAAUCAAGAGCAGCAACCAAAGAAAUGGGUUCAACUGAAGCAGCAAAAGCAAAAACAGAGUAAACAACUGCAGCGGGUACAAACAGCGGUGACACAUCUGGAUCAGCAACAAGUGUCUCAACCAAACGUCAAGCAGCAGUCGAGUAUAACUCCYCCUUUUCUGCCAGAUCUUCUGAAACACGAAUCCAGCCCAACUCUGGUCAGGAACAGCAACAAUGAUGGCCACUUCCUGAUUCCCCUGACCAAUUGCACGACGAGAGAAAGAAAUGACCCUGAGGCACAGAACGGAGCAUGUCAAGUGUCUGUGGAGCGACCACAGCAGGGAGCAGCUCAUUGUUUGUCAGCACCCAGACUGCAGCCUCCUCACAUCAGAAAAAAGACGGCAGCACCUCCCCAGCAGGCUGAGAGAACAAACGAAGUGGAUUUUUACACCUUCAUUUUGCAGGCAGGAGAAACCACCGUCAGACCUACCUCAGACCCCUCUCUGGAUUGCCCCAGUCCAGACUUUUCUCCUCCUUUGCAUUCUCCAUCACCUCUCCAUUUCCUGAUGUCUCCCCCAGACCCUCCCAGCUGCGACACCAGUAAGUUGGCUGACGCCACAGAARAGAAAGAGCACCUAAGAUGUUCUGCAGAUGGACGCCUGGAGGACUUUCUGGAAAGCACCACCGGGAAGCCUCUCCUGGGCGUGGAGCCAGGUGGCAUGUUGACGCUGAUCGAUGACCUCCACAGCCAACUUCUCUGCACUCCCAGCAUCGUGGACAACCCCGCAGCACCCAUGGGAGAAGAGGAGGAGCUAGGGCUGGACAGUACUGACUGGUUGRGUCUCACCAUGGGAAGGGAGAAAGAWGAAGGAAGUGCCACUCUGGCUCCUCUGGCUCCUGAAACACCCCUCAGUGUCUUCUCUGCAGACUUCCUGGAUAGCUCUGACCUGCACACACACUGGGACUCCAGCUUAUAAUUUGCAGCAAACCACAGAGCUGCACACAUGCAGYAUGCUGUUGGAGUAGGUUUUAAAGYAGAUUUGGACAAGUUUAAUGGCAGUAUUACUCUCAGCAUUGUUAGGACAGGAACAUUCCAGGCUCAUAGCCUCGAAUGUUUUCUGAAUAACUUCCAUCUUGUAUCAUAAAUGAGAUGACAGUUUGAUAUGUUUGUCCUGAAAACACAAACAGACGAAAGCCUGGCUCACACUAUAACAUUUUAGAGCUGUUGCCUCYCAGCAAGAAGGUUGCUGGAUCAAAUCCUGGCCGGGGACUUUUCUGCRUGGARUUUGCAUGUUCUCUCUGUGCAUGCAUGGGUUUUCUCUGGAUACUCUGGUUUCUUCCCACAGACCAAAAACCCGACUG